AUGGGCAAGGAGUUUGUGCCUCACGACACAAUCGUACUGGGGGAAUCACGGUCUGCAACACGACGUCCCUGCAGGUGCUGCAGGUGCGGGUCUGGGGGCGGCUGCAGGUGCUGCGGGCAGCUGGUAUUAGUCUGCGGGUCGUCUAAGGCAGCCCAAGAGCGGCGUGAUCUGGGCAGUGACAGCUACGGGCUCCCACGUUUUCGUAGUUACCUUUAUCUUGUUAUUAUUAAGGGAAAAUGUCCUGAAGAUGGAUGGGAUGAAAGCACCAUUGAACUGUUUCUUCAUGAGCUUGCUAUCAUGGAUAGCAAUAACUUCCUGGGCAACUGUGGUGUGGGUGAGAGGGAAGGAAGGGUGGCAUCAGGGCUCGUUGCCCGAAGGCACUACAGGUUGAUCCAUGGAAUUGGAAGGUCGGGUGAUAUUUCUGCAGUCCAGCCCAAAGCUGCAGGGUCUAGCCUUUUGAAUAAACUUACUAAUUCAGUAGUUCUGGAUAUUAUAAAGCUGGCUGGUGUCCGGACAGUGACCAAUUGCUUUGUGGUUCCUAUGGCAACUGGCAUGAGUCUAACUCUGUGUUUUUUAACAUUGCGGCACAAGAGACCGAAGGCAAAAUACAUUAUCUGGCCACGUAUAGACCAGAAAUCUUGCUUUAAAUCAAUGAUAACUGCAGGUUUUGAGCCUGUGGUGAUAGAAAAUGUAUUGGAAGGUGAUGAGCUACGGACAGACAUUGAAGCAGUGGAGGCUAAAAUCAAGACUCUUGGUGCUGAAAAUAUUCUUUGUGUGCAUUCUACAACAUCUUGCUUUGCUCCAAGGGUACCAGACAGACUGGAGGAACUGGCUGUGAUUUGUGCUAAUUAUGACAUUCCCCAUAUUGUCAACAAUGCGUAUGGCGUUCAGUCUUCAAAGUGUAUGCAUCUUAUCCAGCAGGGUGCUCGAGUUGGCAGAAUAGAUGCUUUUGUUCAGAGCUUGGACAAAAACUUUAUGGUUCCAGUAGGUGGUGCUAUCAUUGCUGGCUUCAAUGAGUCCUUCAUUCAGGAGAUCAGCAAAAUGUAUCCAGGAAGAGCAUCUGCAUCUCCUUCCUUAGAUGUCCUCAUUACACUUCUGUCUCUAGGUACCAGUGGCUACAAACAGUUACUGAAAGAGAGAAAGGAGAUGUUUUCCUAUCUUUCAAGUGAGUUGAAGAAGUUGGCAGAUAGCUACAAUGAGAGACUGUUAGACACACCACAUAAUCCCAUCUCCUUAGCCAUGUCACUGAAGAAUCUAGAUGGAAAUAAUGGUGCUGCUGUUACAGAGCUUGGAUCUAUGCUUUUCACAAGACAAGUUUCUGGAGCAAGGGUUGUUCCGUGUGGAUCUGUGCAAACAGUGAAUAACUAUACUUUUAAAGGCUUUAUGUCACAUGCAAAUGACUAUCCCUGUGCUUACCUUAAUGCUGCUUCAGCAAUUGGAAUUAAAAAGCAAGAUGUAGACAUAUUCCUAAAAAGACUCGGCAAGUGUUUGAAGACUACUAGAAAAGAAGCAAAGAAAGAAAAAAGUGUCAAUGAAAUAAGUCAUUCUAAUACAGACACAGAACAACUUGAAGACUAGAAGAUACCAUUUUAGUAAUGCAGGAAGAAAUGCUUUUAAGUAUCUCAGGUUUGUAUUGUGUUAGCAUUGUGAAUCUGCAGUGCAGAAAAUUUAUUCCUGAUCUGCAGACAACAACAAAAAAUAAGUUGGAUGAAACUCAGCUUUAAAUAAAGUAGGUGA